UGCGUAUGUGCGACAGUUGUUUUCUACGCAGUUCGUAGAGAUGUCGUUCUAAUGGAAAUUUCCACUCUCUCAGUUCAUCUAUAUUAUGUAUUUGCGUGUACACAUACAGCAAAGUUUGAAUUAAGCGAAGGACACGGCUGUUGUAGAUAGCAACCAUAACACUAGUGUGAACGAAAGCAAAGCGGAUUCUGUCAAGGAUUGUUGCUAUACUAGCUAGCGAAUAGCUUGCCACGACCGUAAGUUGGAGCUAGCUUGCUAGCUACCUUGCUGUGGCCAUCAUCAUUCAGGAUUUAAUUUCUCAGGGUAGUCGAGGUAUAGGUACACUGACUAUUGACAGGUGUUCGUUUUUCACUUGGCUGACAUGGAGUACCAUGGUGGUGGAUCUGGUGCGGUCUUGGUCAGCGGUAGUAAUGUUCCUGCUUUUCUGACGAAACUUUGGACGUUGGUUGAGGAUCCUGAAACUGACCCUCUAAUAUGCUGGAGCCCAAGUGGAAGCAGUUUUCACGUAUUUGACCAAGGUCGGUUCUCCAAAGAGGUGCUUCCGAAAUACUUCAAACACAACAACAUGGCUAGCUUCGUCCGCCAGCUCAACAUGUAUGGCUUCCGUAAAGUUGUUCAUAUAGAACAGGGAGGUUUGGUGAAACCAGAGAAAGAUGACACAGAAUUUCAGCAUCCCUAUUUUAUGCGUGGACAGGAGCACCUAUUGGAAAACAUAAAACGAAAAGUUACAAAUGUGUCAAAUAUUAAGCAGGAGGAUGUCAGACUGAACACGGACGAGAUCAGCAAAGUGCUCAGCGACGUGCAGCAGAUGCGGGGCAGGCAGGAGACCAUGGACAGCAAGCUCAGUGCCAUGAAACAGGAGAACGAGGCACUGUGGAGGGAGGUGGCCAGCCUGCGGCAGAAGCAUGCGCAGCAGCAGAAAGUCGUCAAUAAGCUCAUCCAGUUCCUCAUAAGCCUGGUGCAAUCCAACAGAGUGAUGGGGAUGAAAAGAAAGAUGCCCCUGAUGUUGAAUGACAGCAGCUCCGCUCACUCGCUGCCCAAGUUCUCUCGGCAGUACUCUCUAGAACCUUCCCCGGCUAUCUCGGCUCCCGCCACUGGUUUCUCGGCUGCAAGUCUCUUUUCCUCGGACGCACUGCUGAAGACGGGUCCGAUCAUAUCUGACAUCACCGACUUGGCCCAGACCAGUCCGGUUACCUCGGAGUGGAUCGAGGACAGCAGCGAAAGGACGAGCCCGCUGGUGCACAUCAAGGAGGAGCCGUCCAGCCCCACCGCCAACCACGACUCGGAGGUGGACGAGGUGUGUCCGGUGGAGGUGGAGGUGGGCGCACUGCCCCCAGACACGCCGCUCUCCCCCACCACCUUCAUCAACUCCAUCCUGCAAGAGCACGAGCCGACCGCCGCCGCCGCUGCCGCCGCCACCUCCGCUGCCACCCCGUCCCUGGCGCCCUCGGCUCCGGUCCUCGCCCCCACCUCCUCCUCGGCCAACGCGGCGGCACCGCCGGGCAGUCCCAAGUGUCUCAGCCUCGCCUGCAUCGAGAGUUCUCCACAGAUGUCUGAGGUGUAUCACCUUUAUCCCAGCCCCACCUCCUCGUCUCUUCACCCCCGACUUCUCCCAGGAACGGAACUCCAUGACCACCUGGAUAACAUCGAUAACGGCCUGGAGAACCUGCAGUCCAUCCUGAAUGCCCAGUCCAUCAACUUUGAGUCCUCACCUCUCUUCGACAUCUUCAGUUCCUCCUCCAUAAACACAGACUUUGACUUGGACAGCCUGGCCACUAUCCAGGAGCUCCUCUCCGAUUCGCCCAAGGAUGCUCCGUCGAGCAACAACUCCACAAACGCAGGGAAACAGAUUGUCCAGUACACUGCCCAGCCCGUUCUCCUCAGCGACCCAAUCAGCACUGACGUACCAGGGGAGGACCUGCCCAUGUUGCUGGAGCUCGAAAGGGACAAUUACUUUGGCCAGGACCCUGCCGAGGACCCCACCAUGUCUCUCCUCUCUGGCGACUAUCAAGCGGUUACACCAGAUGACCCCAAGCUCACCUAAAACACAACACUCUUACAAUAUUUUGUAAAGGGAUGUGCUACAGUGUUUUUGUCUUCUUUAUUUGACUUUUUCUCCUUUAUUCUUGGAUUUUAUUAUAUUUGUUUUUAUUGAUUGUCAAAAAAGAAAAAUGCCCCAAGCACCUUUCUGCACUACUAGUCUCUCGAAGACGAAUUUAGUCCAAAAAAAAAAAAAAAUGUAUAUCAUAAAUAUUUCGGGGAGGAGGUGUGCUUCACCGAAGCAGUGACCAGGCAAUGCAGUUUUAUCUUGUCAUCUUGUUUAUCUUGCCUGUAACAAGAAAAUGGCCUGAAAAUUGGUAGAGAGAAGACUGACUUCAAGCUACAGAUAAUCAUUAGGUCAGACUUUUUGAUAUUAGGAAAGCACAUAGUCAUGUUUUUUUUUUUCUUUUUUUUUCGAAGCAAUGCUUUAUUCAUGCUGACUUUUAACCUGGACAUUGAGGAAACUAAUCGUCUGGAAGUGUCAGGUUUUUUUUUUUUUUUUAAUUAGUAUUUUGUUUUUAUCUAAGCUCAGGCUGAGCUAACAUGUCUUUUGCAAAGAGUGCAUCUGAGCUGUCCUAAUUUCUAUGGUCACUCAUGUUAUUCAUCUAUUGGUAGCUCUACAUUGUUUAGUAAGAGAUUGUUGUGCUACAGUAUACAAAAAAAAACUAUUUUAUUGUUUUGUUUUUUGCCUUUUUAUUCACCAUAGGUAGCACCAUCAACUCAAGUCACAUUCAUAGUGCUUGAAUUUCCUGACCGUUUUAGCUUGUUUAGAUCGUACGGAAUGCUGUUUUUGUUUUUCAUAAUCUUUUUGUGUUUUAUCUUAAUUUUAGCCAGAGGAGAGGACAAAAUGUCUAAAUGUAUAGAAAUGUAUAGAGAUUAUGCUGUUUUAUCACGGUCAUGAUUCAUCCAGAUUGCACUUUUUAUAGACAGUUAUUGCCGGUCAAGUUGAAUUGCAGACACAUUUUGCCCAUGGUCUGUCUAACACAUCUAUAUUUCAGUCAUAUUUAUUUUGAGUAAUAUAAUGAACCUAUUAAAUAUUGUUUUCUAUGAGUACCCGUUCUGAAAUAUACUAUGGCUCAGAGGUCUACUUUAGAAAAGAGUUUUUAUAAGCUGAAUUAUCCGUCUGCCUUUCUCAAAGCAAUUUAGAACUUAGAAAAUAAUACCAAUGUGUACAUAGCCAAAUAAGGGGCUCUGAAGCCAACUUUAUGUACGCAAAAGCAAAAUGCAUACCAUAAUGGCUUGCUUUUCAAUUGAUAAAUGUAAAUGUAAGGGUUGUGAAGAUUACUUGAUAUAUCUCCACAGUAGUUAUCCGUAUGUACAUGGAUAUUGAUUGACAAAAUAACAUGACUUUACAAUUAAAGUCCUCUCCUAUUUAUAAUAAGCAAAGCUUUGACUUCUCAUCACCCACUUCUCUUGGGGGGGGGAAAAAUGUAAUGUAAUGUCCUUGUCUGAGACAGAGUGACAAAAAAACAUUGUCUUUUUUUUUGUGUGUGGAGAAUGACUUGUGUGGUGUAUGGGCAUACCGUAAUCAUAUCGCCACCAAGAGGUUAUUGAAGGAGUUGUGAAUAUUCGGUUGAAAGGCUUGCUCAAAAUUGACUUUGCUCACUAAAGUUUCUUUGUGCAAAGCUUCUUGCCUGUAACUUAACAUAAUAAGUUUGGUAGUUGAUUUGUCACAGUCCUUGGGGGGACUUUAAGAAAUUAUUUUACUAUGCAUGUAAUGGAGAACACUGUGUAUUGGUAUGUUUAAAAAUAAAACCACAACGUUUUUGGAAA